CCAAACUAAUAGGCGAUUGUGUGUGGCGAAGUGAAAACGGUGGCUCCGGUGGCUUCGUCCGUCAAUUCGAGAGGAUCGCGUUCGGAUCACGCGCUGCAUUCUGCCGUGCGUAACGUUUGCGGCUGACACUUUCGGUGAUUGUGCUUUCGGUGCUCGGUUGCUGGCCUAGUGAAAGUGGUGGUUUUCCGAAUCCAUCUGACAUCGGUCGGUCGGUCGGUCGCUGCCCGGAACAGGAAACGCACUGCCCCCGUUCGGUGAGCGUUGAUAGCGUCGAACGCGUUCGUCAGGAUGCGCUGCCACACGUGGACUCCGGUGCUGGUCGCCUACAUGACCCUGUCCGCUUGCCUCUCGGUGUCGUGGUCCCUGCCGGCUGGCGGUGGCUCCGGUUCGAGUACCGGCACCGUGGGCAGUAGCGCCGGCGAGCUCGACAUGGAUGAGCUGACCCGUGACCGGGGCACCCCGGGCCAGGGCGAAAUCUCGACUUCGCAGUUCCAGCACAUGCUCGCCGUCCGGUCACCGAAGUACAACUUUGGCCUCGGCAAGCGCCGCUACAUCAUCGAGGAUGUGCCGGGCGCGAAACGGCUGCCCCAUUACAACUUUGGGCUCGGCAAGCGCGGCAGUGCUCCGCUGGGUGGCUCCGACUACGAGUACGACGUGGGCAAUCAGCUCGGCUGGAACGAUAACGACUACAAUCUGAUCACGAAGGAUGGGCAAUUUGACUACGACGGGGAGAAGGACGGUGCCAAGCGGGCCAACACUGGCAACGGACCCUAUCGGUACCACUUUGGCCUGGGCAAGAGGCGCACGUACGACUUCGGGCUCGGCAAGCGCUACUUCGAAACGGACGACUUCAACAAGCGGCUCCCGAACCGCUACAAUUUCGGCCUAGGCAAACGCUAAUCAGUUUCCGGUUGCCGUUGCGUUCCGCCGAUGCGUCUAUUGUCAAAGUCCCGUACCCGAGUGUGAUUGGAAAUGAAUGCCCCUCCUCGACCGCAACUUUAGAACGAUCCUCAACACCUUUCCACUAACCGCAGCUACAUCGAUAUCGGCCGGAUCGACGGAUCAUCAUUCGGCGCUUUCCGUUCGCUCUGAACGUAACGUCAAGAAACGAUGUUACACCGUUAAAAUUCACACACAGAUCCUCAGUGGCAGAGGCAGCAAAUAGGAUGAGUAAACAGGCAAUGUGUGGCCAAAGGCAAAAAAUAAAACGUAAUCAAACAAAUUUCAAGCCAAAAACAACCGUGACUAACAAACACACAUAACAGCUGUAUGUAUUUUAAGGGUGAAUAAAAACGACAAGCAAAUUUAAUGGACAGUAAAUUGUAACAAAUAUUCUUCCAAUUGUUUUACACGAACACGUUUCAACACGUCACCAACACGUCAAGAGCUACUCUAUUGUAAUAACUGCGAAAAGAAGAAUCAAACAUUUUAAAUCUAUCCCUCAAAGUUAUGGCGUGCCAGUUAUGGUGCACGUUUCGUAUAUUAAACUUUUCUAACGCUACAUCCCUGUCUUCUGGGUAAACCGUAAAUGUAACAAUUGCAACAGCUUCUCAGAGGGUCUCAUAGAUUGUCCACCAGCGGAACAGGCGUUAGGCACCGGGUAGCAGGCCACAGGACACAGGCACGCAGGCAUUGUACAGACCAUGAUAAAAAUUUACACUACGAAAUGACUGACCACGAUGAUCGCAAUGCGUCCCGAGCAAUCGAAUUUCGAGCCUAGGUUAGAACGUCCAUUAGGCCAAGAGGCCAGCUUUUGUCAUUAGUUACCCUCAAAUUAUGCUCAAACUUCCGUUUCAGCGACAUACGCCUGUCUUUCGUUUCCACCAGGAUCAAGAAGAAUACAGUUUCAGUCAGUGAGUUACAGCUCAGUUCAAUUCAGCUUGGGACGGUGCCAUGUUAAUGAGCAGAAGAA